UCGCAGUAAUCAUCAGUACUUGGGGCAGUGUUGCCUCAACAUGGCGCUCUACCACACCUUCCUCUGUAACCUGCUGCUGGGGUCAUGUUGUGUAGGUGCUGUCCACACAACAGGAGUUAUAAAUAGAGAAGCAGCGGGAGAUCUGGACACAGUAGUGAGCAAGAUUGCUCACAACUACCCUCGUAAGCUUCCCUGUCCGGAAGAUGCGGAAAUCUUACCCUGUGUCUGUACUUUCGAUGAAAACAUGCAUAUGGACCUUAACUGUAGCUCCGUGGAGAGUGAAGACCAGUUGGCCACGAUCUUGGGGUCAUCCUUUCCCUUCAGAAACUUCCACAAGUUGAUUAUAGAAGGCAAUGAUAACCUGGUGGUGUUGAGGGCCGGGGUGUUGGGCAGUACCACCUACGAGGUCUUCCAUAUAAUUGACGGUGUCCUAGAAGAGGUUGAGUCAGGCGCUCUUUCCGGCAGCUACUCCACCGCCACUGAGAUGAUGUUUUACAACAACAGCAUUAAUUCUUUUCCCUGGCAGGAAAUGCUACUCUUCGAAAACCUUCACACAUUGCAUUUACAGGAAAACAACAUCACACGCUGUCCUAAAGUUAAGUCGAAAAGCUUAAAGAAACUCGACCUGGCCCGCAACCCUUUCAUAUAUCUACCUGUCACAGCCUUCAGCGACACGCCCACACUGCAGGAGGUAUACCUCGAUGGCAUUGGACUACAAGAGUUAAGUGCAGGGACCUUCUUCACGCUCUCCGAACUUCUCAUGGUUAAUAUGUCGACUAACCAACUGACUGAAGUGCAUGAGGGCGCCGUACAGUUCAACAACAGUGGGCGUCACCAAGUGUAUCUUGACUACAACAACAUUAGCCUCGUGGCAGUGAACGCCUUCUCAGGUUUCAACUCGAGCGACGAAAUUUUCUUGAAUAACAACCAGCUGACAUUAUUAGAAGAGGAGGUGUGGCAGCCGGUGCUCCAACAGGGCGUUACCCUCUACCUAGGAGGUAAUCCUCUGCAGUGUGGCUGUGAAAUCGCCUUUAUCAUCCUGAACUCCACCUUCCUCGGCCUCAUUGACAACAGCACCUCCUGUUCUGACGGAGAGCUGCUGGUGAACCUCGACCCCGCCAUCUACGAGCAGUUCUGUUAACACGAUCACCCGCUGCUGUACCCUUCCUCUGACACGCCCUGACCACACCCUUCUUUACUUAAAUUUGUUCAUAAAGAAAUUUCAAAAGAAACA